AUGGCCACGGAACCAGUGAUUGAUUGCAGCGGAGCGUUAGCUGCCCGACUUGAAUGUUUUAAUGAACUUGAGAAGAAGUACAGAGAGGAGGAACUGAAGAAGUCCGUCCCCAUCACUGUGACUUACAAAGAAAUGAAAUUUGAAGGAAAAUCAUUUGUCACCACCCCACAAGACUUCAUUGGGAAAUUAGUCGAAGCGGGAGAAGUGAAAAAGGAGAACCCCGUCUUCGUUGCAAAGGUUAACGGAAAGCUCUGGGACUUAACACGGCCAUUUGAAGAGGACUCGACAGUCGAGUACGUUGGAUUUGACUGCGAAGAAGGAAGAGACACAUUUUGGCACUCGUCUGCCCAUUUGUUGGGUGAAGCGAUGGAGAACAAGUAUAAGUGCUAUCUCCACACGGGCCCAGCAACGGCCAUCGACUUCUUCUAUGACUGUAAAAUGACUGGAGCGUCUGGAGAAGGUGACUUCAAACAGUUGACAAGCCUUAUUGAUUCUUAUGUCAGAGAAAGACAGACGUUCAAUCGCAUUGAAAUCACUAAGGAAGAAGCUUUAAAGAUGUUCUCGUACAACCCAUACAAAGUUCGAAUCAUCGAAAAACUCCCCGAAGGAGCUACUAUCACCGCAUACAAAAAUGGAAAUUUCGUCGACUUGUGCAGAGGACCACAUCUUGCAAAUGCGUCUGCUGUUAAAGCUAUCAAAUUGUUGAGUGCUGGCUCUGUUCAUUUGGAUGGAACAGCUACUGGCGACUUGUUGCAGAGAUUGCACGCCGUCUCAUUCCCAAAUAAAGAACUCUUGAAAGAAUAUAUCAAAAGAGCUGAAGAAGCAGAAAAGAGAGACCACAGACUUAUUGGAAGACAACAAGAGUUGUUCUUCUUCCACACACUUUCCCCGGGAAGCUGCUUCUGGUUGCCACACGGAACACGAAUUUAUAACAAACUGAUCGACAUGAUGAGAUCCGAGUAUCGAGUUCUUGGAUAUCAAGAAGUCAUCGCACCAAAUAUCUUCCUCUCAGACUUGUGGAAGACUUCUGGACAUUGGCAACACUACAAAGACGAUAUGUUCUCCUUUGAGUGCGAGAAACAAACAUUUGCGUUGAAACCUAUGAACUGCCCAGGCCAUUGUUUGAUGUUUGCGUCACGAAAGAGAUCAUACAGAGAACUUCCAAUGAGACUUGCGGAGUUUGGUGUGUUGCAUAGAAACGAGUUGACCGGUGCGUUGCAUGGGCUUACACGAGUCAGAAGAUUUGUUCAGGAUGAUUCGCACAUCUUCUGCACAUUCGACCAAAUCGAACCGGAGGUCGACGGUGUUUUGGCGUUGAUGAAGAAGAUUUACGCUAUUUUUGGAUUUAAGACGGACAUCGCGUUGUCCACUCGUAACGAGAAGAAGUUCAUGGGAGAGGUUGAGACGUGGAACAAAGCCGAGGACAUGUUAAAGAAGGUGUUGAACGACUGCGGGAUGCCAUAUAAGAUCAACGCUGGCGAUGGAGCUUUCUAUGGCCCAAAGAUUGAUAUCCGAAUUGAAGACGCUCUUGGAAGAAUGCACCAAGUCGCCACAAUUCAACUUGACUUCCAAUUGCCAUUGAGAUUCGAGUUGGAGUACAUGAGUGAAGAUCCUAAACAACCAUUGAAGAAACCAGUGAUGAUCCACAGAGCCAUUUUGGGAUCAAUUGAAAGAUUCACCGCUAUCUUGACAGAACAUUUGGCCGGGAAGUGGCCUUUCUGGUUGAGCCCAAGACAAAUCAUGGUCGCAACCGUCAGUGAAAAGUUCAACGAGUACGGAAAGAAGAUUGUUGACAAGUUGAAUGCCGAAGGGUUCUACGCCGACCUCGACGAAACGGACAACAAACUUCCAAAGAAAAUCAGAAACGCUCAGAUCGCACAAUAUAACUUCAUAUUGGUUGUCGGUGAAGAGGAAAUGAAGACCGAGUCUGUCAAUAUUAGAACAAGAGAAAACGAAGUCAAAGGAAAGGCCUCGCUCGACGAUUUCUUGGCUCAGAUAAAGAAGUUGCAAGAAGAAAAGAAGUGA